GGCUAUACCCGGAAGUAAAAGGGGCCUCGGCGUAAGGGGAGGACACCUUUCAAAAGUGAUGCGUAUAUGACAGAAAUAAUCAUGUUUUCGUCCUGAUUUUGAGGAUUUUACGGUGUAGAGAGUGAAGAUAUUUUGUUUAAAGGUUUGUAGAGAGAUCUGAUCGCAAUGGAUGCCGACGGCUUGCCUUUAGUAGGCCCUGGAGUGGACUAUACUAAGAUUGGAGCCAUCCACCAGAAGAGGAUGUUGGCCUUCAUCAACCAUUUCAUCACCCACACAGCGAGGUUUCUCAACAGGUUCUCCUGCGUCUGUGAGGAGAAACUUGCCAACAUCAACUUGAGAAUACAGAGAAUAGAGACAACCAUGAACAUACUGGAGGCAAAGAUAGCGUCCAUUCCUGGUCUGGAAAACAUCACAGGGGACAGCGCCCCUCCCAGUACAGCAGGGACAGCCGGAACAGCAGUGCCAACAGGGACAGCACCAGCUGACAGCACAGCAUCAGCACAGCAACCAGCAGAGUCAGAGGCUGUUCCAGAAGCUGCUGCCCCUCCCCCUGAAGAAGCAGCCCCUGCAGCGCCCACCAUGACUGUGGCACAGGACCCACGAUAUGCAAAGUACUUCAAGAUGAUCAACAUGGGUGUACCAGUCCAGGCUUUGAAGACAAAGGUUGCGAUGGAAGGACUGGACCCAGACCUGUUAGACACUCCUGACGCCCCAGCCCCUGCUGGAGCCCCACAGGAAGACAGUGACAGUGAGAGCGCAAGCAGUUUCACUGACAGCGACUAGAUGUCACAGUUAUCACAUUUACUCUACAAUCAAGACUAGUGCUGUGUACCAGUUCGCUGGAACUAGUUCUGGACUUACAAAG